AUGAAGUUGUUCUCUGCUGGUUUUAUUGCCAGUUUGCUGGCCUCAGCUGCCGCAACAGAGCUUCUCACCCCGGAUAAAGUGGAAGCUAAGAUUCAAAAGGAUCGGUUAUCCAAUGUGUUGUGGAAUUUCAACAAAAUCGCCAAAGACAAUGGCGGAAACAGGGCAUUCGGCCUGCCUGGCUACAAGGCGUCCAUGGACUUUGUCCUCGAAAGGCUAGUCAAGCGCUUUGGCAAUAAGCUCGACACCUAUGUCCAGCCGUUCACCCAUCUCUUCGAUCAAACGAGAAAGAUUGAAGUCAAGGGCCCGGAUGGAAAGGAUGUAUUUGUCGUCUCUCUCUUUUACAAUCCUGCCACUCCCCUACCUGGAGGUAUUUCCGGCGAGCUCGUCAAUGUCCCCUAUGAGGAAGGCCGUGGUUCCGGAUGCUUUGAGGAUCAAUGGAAAAACAUUGAUGCCAAGGGAAAGAUUGCACUAAUGAAGCGAGGAGGCUGUACAUUCGCCGACAUGACCAUCUUGGCAAAAGCUGCCGGGGCGAAAGCCAUAAUCUUCUACAACAAUACCCCCGGGCCGAAAUACAACGGUGCUACACUGCAAGCCCAGAACGUCGGCAAGCUAAUUCCCUCUGGGCUUAUUCCUCUUGAAGACGGUGAAGCUUGGUCUAAGCGCGUUGUUGCAGGUGAGAAACUCAGUGUCACCCUGAUAGUUGAUUCCAUCACCGAGACCCGCGAAACAUGGAACAUCAUCUCGGAGACAAAGGCAGGCGACAAGAACAACGUAGUUAUGUUGGGUGCCCAUCUGGACGGCGUGCAAGCAGGCCCCGGAGUAAAUGACGAUGGCAGUGGUUCUGCUGCCUUGCUUGAGAUUAUUGAGGCACUGAUUCAACAUAGCGGGAUCAAAAAUACAGUGAGAUUUGGAUUUUGGGGCGCUGAAGAGAGUGGCUUGGUCGGAUCAUUGUACUAUGGCUCCAAGCUUUCCGAGGCUGAAGCAGACAAGAUCCGCUUCUACUUCAACUAUGAUAUGAUAGGAUCCAUCUAUCCCGAGUACACCGUUUACAGCAACAAUGAUGGUCACAAAGUCGGUGCAAAGCUUUUGUUUGACUAUUUGUCGGCUCAAGGCAAGCCGGCUGCUUAUUCUAAAUUCGGCACUUCAUCCGACUACGUCGCUUUUCUUAACCUGGGAAUUCCGUCGUCGGGACUCUUCACUGGCGCGUCCGCCACCACUGACCCGUGCUACCACCGCAAAUGUGAUGACUUCACCAACAUCAAUUGGGAUGCUUUGACUGUCAAUACCAAGGCUGCGGCGAGGGCGGCUGCCACAUUCGCGCUCAGCUUGGAUGGCGUUCCGCCCAGGACUAAGACUACCAUUAACCCGAGAAGUAGACGGGGUGUGAGGAGGGCAUUUGACAUCUGGGCGGACACCGCUGAGGCGGUUGAAAAGACGCACAACUGCGGUUCAGGCGAUAAUGUGUAUUAG